CAUCUGCUACAGACAGAGGGGGCCAUCGUCGAACCUAACCUAUCGACAAAUCUCUCCUCAGUAGUCGUCGUCGUCGUCCUCGUUGCCGUCGUCGCUGAUCGUAAGGGAUGGACGAGGCCGAAAGGGAAUAGUCUUGUUCAUUAGUGUUUUUACAUCGGUUCACUGUGUGUGUUAGUGAAGGUGAUUCGACGAAGAUAUGAGUGAAUAAGUCAGUCGACUGUAAUUUAGUUUGGGAUACUCUCUCUUCGUUCAUCGCAUACACCAAUACUGCUACGUAUACCUAUAUACACGCGUACGUCGACCGCAUACAUAUACACACAAACACACACGUACACACACACACAUACGAGCGCGCGCACGCACGCAUACUGAAAGUGUCGAGAGAGACACACAUGCGUGAGGAAGGACGUCGGCGCCGCGGCGGAGAGGGAGCAAUUUUUCGGUGGGAGCUGCUGCUGCUGCUACUCUGAUGAAAUGCUACUGCUGCUGAACUGUCAACGUUGAGAAAACACGGAACACAGGCCAGCCGCAAGAGAAAGGGAAACUGGCACAUACCAGGUGGAAGAGGUCACCGCUUGGUGAGCGAGGAGCAGCAGCGCUGAGCUUGUCUCGGCGACAGCGACAUGGUGCUAUGCAUAAAGUGCUCAGAUUUGGAACGACGACAGGCCUGCUAAGGGCCGGCCGCCGGCGAGAUGGGGGACAACGCGGUUAGAAAGCAGCAACAUAACGACACGACUCCGAGUCCUCGGGUCGGGCAUUUACCAACAAGGAAAAUAUCCGCUCCUGUGCAACGGACCACCACCGAAUCUAUUAGACUCGACAGCAACGAUACUUCGGGUAAACUUCAGGCGCAGCAUCACCAUCACCACCAUGGCCAGUCGUUGGGUGCAGUGUCAAUCCCAUUGGUGGCGACGACGAAUUCAGUCACGGGAGGAGCCACGAGUUCGCUUGGCGCUGGACGCCAAAAGAAAACCUCGUCGUUCCAGAUAACGAGCGUGACUGUCGGUUGUCGCAUGAGCAACGACACAGGCGAAGACUCGAAUGACGAUCUCGAUGAGUCGCAUACCGAGGACAACAGCGUUGAGCAUUCACGUAUCACUGACAUCGAGACACCAAGCUACUCCGAGGAUACAUUUUCUAAAGACGAUGUAUUUUUUAAUACGAGCAAUGCCGCGCUAAGUACUGCACCUGUGAUACCUACAAGCUCGCAGUAUGGUUUGGCUAUUGUGCCAUCGUCCGAAGCUAAUAACACCAACAAUUCCAACAAUGAGAAUAAUAUCAAUGCCUUGGAUAUUGCCUCGGUUACGGAUAAUAAUAUUAUCAAUCUGUUAUCGAGUAAUGCUAAGCAGGAUGCCGAUCUCAGGGAGGUUCAUUCGCAUGGUAGAAACGAGAGGUUUAAAGUGGUCAAAAUCGAAAGCACAGAACCGUUCAAGCGUGGUCGUUGGACGUGUAUGGAUUAUCUGGAUCACACGUCAGUCAAUCAACCAGUAGCGAUGAAUGCUUCAAAAGUUAACGAUCCGAAUGAAGUGUGCGUGUCGUAUGGGGUUAGCGAUACUGGUGUUCUCAUGCAAAAUGACAAACAAGUCGACGAUAAGCAACAACAUGUCGAUGCGAAUGGUAUGAUGCAUCCAGCUGAAGUGCAACAGCAUCCAACAGGUUACGUUGUGCCACCACAAUACUUUCAGUCAUCUCAGACACCACAACAACAGCAACAGCAAACUAAUCCACAAGGUGCCACUCUGCCGACUAAUCUGCAGGGUACUCAUGCUGGCAAUAUUGGACAAACGCAGAGUAUGCCUCAAGGGACUAUUUCUAUGCUUACGCAGCCAGGAUGUGCUGUUACCCAAGGGAACAACGUAGCACAACAACCACAACAGCAACAUCCAACGGAUGACUCGACGACGUACGUGUCACAGGCACAAGCACCAAACUCGCAGCCACCUUUGUUGCAACAAACUCAGCAACAGCAGCAACAACCACCACCAGCAACGCCGCAACCUACGACACAGGAUCCAAUGCAAGCUGCUACGAUGCAGGCAAUGCCCGGCAUGCAGAACAUUCAUACAGUUCCCCAAGCUAAUGCGGCACCACAACAACAGCAACCUCAACAGAUGCAGUCGCAGAGUCAGGUGAUGGCUCCACAAGGACAAAUGCAACCAGGUCCACCGCCGCAACAGCAACAAAAGUCAACCGGUGCAAAUAACGCCCCCGUACAAAUAGUAGGCAAUAUGCCAUUUCAGCAUCAACAACAGCAACCAGCUGACCAAGAGCAGGACUCUAAGUCAAGUAUUCCAAUGGCGACCGUAACGCCUGGACAAACUUUAGCCGCAGAUGCUGCUCUGCUCGAGUCACUCGCUGAGGUCACGCAGAAUGCUGAAGAUCAGCAAACCCACGAGGAUAACGAGAGUAUGUCGGGUACCAGUGCUGUUGCUAUUGAUAACAAAAUCGAACAAGCUAUGGACCUGGUAAAAAGCCACCUUAUGUUCGCGGUACGCGAAGAGGUGGAGGUGCUGAAGGAAAAGAUAGCUGAGUUGAUGGAUCGUAUAAAUCAGCUCGAAGCUGAGAACUCGAUCCUCAAAGCUCAUGCUACCCUAGAGACACUGGCUCAGCUAAAUCAGUCGACGGCUGCUAAAAUGCCGCCUAACACAGGCCCAACUGGCCAGUAGGUAACCGCUUGUACAUAAGGAUACCCUUUCAUACACAGACCACACACACACACACACACACACACACACACACACACACACACACACACACGCGCGCGCGCCCACACACCCACAUACACACACAAAACACAUACGUCGUAUGAUUAUUGUAUAUAACUUUACGAUUUUUAGAAAUUUAUAAAUAAUGAGAUUUAUUAUAUAUUGUACACGAUCUAG